GGCGGAUGCAGCUAGUAGAUGUGGCUGAGUUGCUACCCCCAGAGGCCAACGAUAAGAGCCCACGCUGCCGCUCGGCGGUGGCGGGGGAUUUCUCCAGCAGCAAACGAGAGAUAGUGGGCAAGGACCACGGCCGCUGCUGGAAGGCGGCUGGGCCAGCAUAUCGGGAGCGAACCCUGUUGGACCAGCCGGAGUGGGCCCGGGCAUAGGACCGGACUACGGGGAAGCGAGGGGGUUAAACCCCCCAGGUGAGAUACCCGUGAUUCGAGGAAAUGGAGAAUACCUCGACGGCUACAGCAGUAGCCACAUGAAGAGGGUAACGGUCAAUGCUCCGCUCCUAGACGGAAAAAGCCGUAGCCACGGAUUUGACUCGUGGCGAAAAUCAUUCAUCCAAGCUGCGAAGACCAUCGACUUGGACGGGCUGUUUAUAGGAGAUGCAGAGAGCAGUAUCCCCGUGGGCGACCCAAACUUGCCGACUUCCGAACUGCUCCGUAGGGGGUACACGAGAGCAGAAGUCCAACGGGGGCUUCAGGCGUUCCACUUUAUUACUACUGGUGUGGUAAAAGAAGCCAACAAAGCAAUCGUCAGCAACUGUACGUCAGCGAAAGAGGUCCUUGCGGAAUUGGAAAAGGUCUACGAUCCGGAGUCACAGGGGUCAAAACAGGCCUUGAUGCGGAAGAUGUUCGACUUUGCAAUCCCCACACACAGCAACAGCAACCCCAUCGAGCACCUCUACUCUCUCGAGCUGCUGUAUGCCCGCCUGCGCGAAAAGGGGCUCAAUGCUGAACAACCCUUCGUUCUCGCCCACUUCGUUGGUUCCCUCCCACCCGAGUACCAACAAGCGAAGUUCCUGUUGGAGACAGCAACGGCGCUGGAUAGGGCCGAGAUCGUCAGGAUCGUGAGCACGGUGCACGCGAGCCUCCCGGAGGGAAGGAAGGCCUCG